UUGGUGCCUUAGCAACUCAACCUAGCAACGGGGAAAUUGUCGAGUGCUGUGGAUCUCUGCUGAAGGGCCUUGGAAACCUUACGCGGAACAUUAAUUUCCAGCUUCCUGGGCAAGGGAACAGUCUCCUCCUUUGCCUGGGACUCUGGAUCAUCUCAUUCUGGUGAAAGUAAAGUACAAUCUAGGACCAGAAGCCUUUCACGGAGAAAAGGCUGACAUGCCCUUCCUAUGUGACAGAUUGUUGAAGCUAAAGGAGAUGUUUAACUCGAAGUUUGGCUCUGUUCCCAAGUUUUAUGUUCGAGCACCAGGAAGAGUGAAUUUAAUAGGAGAGCAUAUAGAUUAUUGUGGAUACUCAGUUCUUCCUAUGGCCGUAGAACAAGAUAUGUUAAUAGCUGUGGAACCUGUGAAAACACACACUCUCCAGCUGGCCAAUACAAACCCCAUGUACCCGGAAUUUAGCACUGAUGCUGCUGACAUUCACAUUGACAAAACCAAGCCUCUGUGGCAUAACUAUUUCCUGUGUGGAUUUAAAGGAAUUAAGGAAUACUUUGGUCUUAGUAACCUGCCUGGAAUGAAUUGCCUGGUAGAUGGAAACAUCCCACCUAGCUCUGGCCUCUCCAGCUCCAGUGCUUUGGUUUGUUGUGCCGGUUUGGUGACACUCACAGUGCUGGGAAUGAACCUGUCUAAGGUAGAACUCGCAGAAAUCUGUGCCAAGAGCGAGCGUUAUAUUGGCACUGAAGGAGGAGGGAUGGACCAGUCCAUAUCAUUUCUCGCAGAAGAAGGAACAGCCAAGUUAAUAGAAUUUAGUCCUUUGAGGGCAACCGAUGUGAAACUCCCAAGUGGAGCAGUGUUUGUGAUUGCCAACAGUUGUGUGGAAAUGAAUAAGGCAGCAACUUCACAUUUCAAUAUCAGGGUGAUGGAGUGUCGGCUGGCUGCAAAGCUCCUGGCUAAGUACAAAAACUUGCAGUGGGAUAAAAUACUGCGACUGGAGGAGGUACAGGCCAAACUGGGGGUCACCCUGGAAGAAAUGCUGCUGAUCACAGAGGACUUCCUUCACCCGGAGCCCUAUAGCCCAGAGGAGGUCUGCAAAUGUCUGGGAAUUAGCCUGCAGGAACUCCAGACCCAAAUCCUGACUCCAAACACUCAAGAUGUGCUCAUCUUCAAACUCUACCAGCGGGCAAAGCAUGUGUACAGCGAGGCUGCACGGGUUCUUCGAUUUAAGAAGAUCUGUGAGGAAGCUCCUGAGAACGUGGUCCAGCUACUGGGAGAGUUAAUGAACCAGAGUCACGUGAGCUGCCGGGACCUGUACGAAUGCAGCUGCCCUGAAUUGGACCAGUUGGUGGACAUCUGCCGGAAGUUUGGGGCUCAAGGGUCACGACUUACUGGAGCAGGAUGGGGAGGCUGCACAGUGUCAAUAGUACCUGCUGACAAGCUGCCCAACUUCCUAGCAAACGUGCAUGAAGCUUAUUACCAGAGGAGUGAUGGAAGCUUAGCCCCUGAGAAACAGAGUUUGUUUGCUACCAAACCUGGAGGUGGGGCUUUGGUUUUCCUUGAGGCCUAAACAAUGUAAAAAAUCUCAGAGAAACUAUUCAGGACAUUUAAGAACUGGCAGGACUUCCUAUGCCACAGUAAAUUAAUCCUUUUUCUGUUUUGUAUUAUGAUGAAUGGUUGCUAUUAUCAAGAUGUAUUUCCAAAGAAAUGGUUGAAAGCACUCUAUGCUUCAUAAUGAUUAUUUUUCCAUCUUAAAAUAUGUUUUCUAUCAAUAAGAGCCAAGAUUAUGCUUGGACAGAUCUCUUAAGGAUGAUUUACUAAGAUUUAUUGAUUUCAAGAGUUUUUUUUUUUAAGACUUUUACAAGAUGAAUGGUAAGACACUCAAUACUGACCUCAUGGAAUGAACUUGAAUUAAACACACUGUUACAA